CGGGGGACCUUUUUGGUGCCUGGUAGACUUGGCAAUCACAAACGGGUCGGGCCUGGCCUAAUUUUUGACUCUUGUCUCUCUCUCUUUUACUUUCUCUCCACAGUUCGCCCUUUUUCUUGUUUUCCUGAAACGGCUCUUGGGCGGUUUCGGGUUUCCGAUUUCUGUUCCUCUCCUCCCUAACCCCUAACCGCCGUACAUCGGCGCAAGAUGGAGGUGCUUUGAACUCCCCCCCCCAACGACGCCUCCCUUCGUUUCUUUUAUAUAUAUAUAAAGUAAUUUAUAUGUAUAUAAUCUUUUCCUACGGAUAUACCAUUCGUUACAUCUAGACCCAGGUUGUCUUGGUGUUCUGCUGCCCAAGAAGCCCUAGCCCUAUUAUAUUCGUAUUCCUCAUAUUCGUAUUACGUCUAUGGGCUCUUUUUCACGCCCGCAAAUCCCCACUUCUUAUAUUUAUAUUUAUAUUUAUAUUUAUAUUUAUUUUGAAUCUACUCCUCUGAAUAUACGAGAAAGGGCAGCUAGGUAACCCCUGGUCACCCGUUUCCCCCCUGCUGCGCGGUAGCCAUGGCUCCUCCCCCGAAAAAACGCGAUGAUAACUGGAUUGAUGGCCUACGCGGAAUCGCCUCCUUUAUCGUCGUAACCGGCCACCUCCUCACCGCAUUCGCACCAAUCCUGCACUCCCCCUCCUCCUCGAAGGAAGGCUGGCCUUUACUCUUCCAGCUCCCCAUCCUCCGCCUCUGCGUCGGCGGCCGCGCCGCAGUCUGCAUCUUCUUCAUCGUCACCGGUUUUGUCAACUCACUCAACCCGGUCAAGAAUGUGCAGGCCGGCAACACCGAGCUGGCCCUCACGAACCUGGCCAAGGCCACCUUCACCCGCUCUGGCAGGCUAUUUUUCCCGACCAAUAUCGGGGCGACGGUGGCCUGGGCCGUGUGUCAGCUGGGCGGGUUUAAUAUUGCGCGCAGGGCUGAUGCGGGCUGGGUGCGUAUGGUGAGCAAGGUGCCUGGGCCGACGUUUUGGGCGGCGGUUAAGGCCCUGUUGAGGAAUUGGACAUUAUUUUGGAACGAUGGCUCCGGCACGUAUGACCCGGUGCAUUGGACGAUUGUUUUCUUCCUGAGUGGGUCGAUGCGGAUUUAUUUGACGCUGCUGGCAACGUCGUCUAUUAGUUCGCGGUGGAGAGUUGCUAUUGUUGUUGGGUUGUAUAUCUUCUCAUGGUGCACGAGUGACUACAUCGUCGGCAUAAACAUAAACUCCGGCCUCCUCCUCGCCCACCUGCAAGUCACCUACGGCUCCCGCGCAACAUCCACCCUCCCAAAAGCCCUCCCAGCCCUCCUCAUCCUCACCGGCCUCCUCAUCACCUCCUUCCCCCAGGACAACCACGACUGGACCAGCUGGUCCCUCGCCAUGCGCCGCAUCAUGCUCAGCAUCACCCCAGCCUCCGCCGACCGCUUCAUCGGCCGCUACUGGGUCAACCUCGGCUGCACGGUGCUGAUGACGGGCGUCUUCUUCUCGCGCAACGCGCGCCGCAUCCUGACGCUGCCGCUGUUCAAUUUCCUGGGCCGCUGCUCGUUCCCCGUCUACCUGCUGCACAACACGCUGCUGCGAUCGCUGCUGGUGUGGAUGGUGUACGGGGCGGAGGCGUGGGAUAAGGAGGCGUGGGGCCGGGUGAAGGAGGAUGGGACGCCGGCGGAGUUGCGGCGGGGCGGGUGGGGCACGUUCGCGGUGGCGGUGCCGGUUUUUUAUGUGGUGUUGUAUGCUACGGCGUAUUUUUGGAUGGAGAGGGUUGAUCCGCUGUGUGCGCGGGUUGUGUUUUGGAUGCGGGAGAGGAUGUUUGCGGGGGAGGUGGAGUUGGGGAGGGCGGGUGGUGGUGGUCUUCAUAAUGGUAAUGGUAUUGGUAACGGCGGUGCGAAUGGUGUUCUGAAUAGCAGUGCCAAGGGGACCUUGACGAGGGAGAGGGAGAAGGAGAAAGAGCAGGAGUUGUUGGUGGCGGGGUUGGUUUCUAAUGCUGGUGCGAGCGGGAGCGGCUCUUCAUGAGGGAGUGUUUUAAGGGGUAAGGGGGGGAGGGGGG